GGGCGGGCCCCGCUCAGAAGAGAGCGAGCGAAACACGACACCCCGAGGACGGAGAGAGGCACGGGGGGGAGGAGAGACUAGUGCUGAAUGGUGUGAGAGAGUGAGUGGAGGACUUAAAAAAGUCUGUAAAGAAAGAAAGGAUCUAAUCUAACGUUAAUUUCUGUCAAAGAAUUAACAAAGCGUUGCGGUGGAGAGAUGUCAAACAGCGACGAAGAUGCGGUUGAGACGGAGUAAACAGCCACCGGACAGUUAACGUUAGAGAAAGAACUUGUUAAAAAGAGAGAGAAAAGCUUAUUUCGGCUGGCUCGAGUCGGGACGGUUGGCCGUUUUCCGCCGCAACUUGAGCAGAUUUCAACUGCUGUUGGUUACGGCAAGAGAAGCGAGGGACCGGCAGCGAGGUCUUGACCGCUCAGCUCAGCGGAAAGCAAGAGCUUCAGUCGGUUUGGUCGGUUGGCUGAGAGCCGGGGGGAACGGACCGAGAGAGCGCGGCGGCUCGAGAAGAGAAGAGAGCGAGAGACAGAGCCGCUGAAGCAGUUCGCUGCAAAAGUUUGCCGUUUAUCUUCACCUAGUUUUCCCAGAUUGGGAACUAGAGGAGGAGGAGGAGGAAGAGGCCGAGACACUUAACUUUUCUUUCCACAAGCAACUUUGUGGAAUUCAUCCUGUUUAGCAAACUUUAACCGCUUGCUGCCUAGCUGAAGUAGCUAUAACAGAAAUCAUGAAAACACCUGGAGAUUCUGGGUUUGCAUUCCCAGACUGGGCUUACAAGCCUGAGUCGAGCCCCGGGUCCAGGCAGAUCCAACUGUGGCACUUCAUCCUGGAGCUGCUCAGGAAGGAAGAGUAUCAUGAUGUCAUCGCCUGGCAGGGGGACUACGGCGAGUUUGUCAUCAAGGACCCAGAUGAAGUGGCCCGGCUGUGGGGGGCCAGGAAGUGUAAACCCCAAAUGAACUACGAUAAGCUGAGCAGAGCACUGAGAUACUACUACAACAAGAGGAUCCUCCAUAAGACCAAAGGCAAGAGAUUCACCUACAAAUUCAACUUCAAUAAACUGGUUUUGGUCAACUACCCCUUUAUCGACAUGGGCUCAACUGGAAGCAGUGUUCCUCAGAGCGCCCCUCCUGUACCCACUGGAGCAGGAACUCACUUCCGCUUUCCUCCUUCAACGCCCUCCGAAGUCCUUUCCCCGAAUGAGGACCUGCGCAGCCCUGGUGGCAUGUUCAGUUCUGUGGCCCGACGAAUGGCACGUGGAUCUGUCAGCGACUGCAGCGACGGCACCUCCGUCAAUUCUGAGAUCGAGGAGGGCAACGUGGGAGCGGGAGAGGAGAGGGGAGACAGGGGUGUGAGCGGAGGAGGACCUGGUGGUGGAGGAGGAGGUUACCGAAGUAUCAUCCAUCCCCGUCUGUCUCAUGAAACCCUCUUCCGCAUGUAUGGAGGACCAGGUAACCCCGCUGGGCACCCAGGCUCCCGUGGCCCCACAGGGCACCGCAUCCACGCAGAGCCCCUGUCACCCUUCCCUGUGUCCCCUCUGCCAGGGCCAGGAGGAGCUGGCCUUCUAGCCCCUCCUUUGUCCCCGGCGCUCUCCAUGACUCCGACAUCUCACCUCCCCUACACUCCCUCACCCACCCUGUCACCCAUGUUAGGCUCCCACUUCUCCUUCAACCCAGAGGACAUGAAGCGUUACCUGCAGGCCCACACCCAGUCGGUGUACAACUACGGCCUCAGCCCCAGAGCUUUCCUCCAGUACCCCAACAUCGUUAUCCCUCAGCCCCAUCGGCCCGCCGCAGACAAGGCUGGUCUGACCGGAGAGAGAGGCGAGAGAGCAGAAAGAGCAGCGACAGUGGGGGGAGGAGAGAGGGGAGGAGAGCGGCACCACCAUCCACCUCUGGCUCACUCCGCCCAUCACCACCCGCAUCCACCUCACUCUGCCCACCCUCACCCCCAUUCUCAUCCCAUGCAUCACCCACUGCACCUGGGUGAGGAGCCUCCACACAUGUCUCCCUUCAAGUUCAAGCUGCAGCCACCACCACUCGGCAGGAAGCACAGGGACAGUCAAAGCCAGAGUAAACCUAGGCAGAGCUCAAUGUCCUCAGGAUCUGGAUCCAUGUCAUCUACCUCUGGCCUGGGCUCCUCGCUGUCGUUCGGCAGUGACCUGAGCUCAGCCAGCGGCUCUGGCCUCGUAUCUGCCUCCUCCUCAACGCAGUCCCUAAACAGUGCAGGGCUUCCCAAGAUAAAGGUGGAGCCCAUCUCUGAUAUUGAGUCAGAGGAAGAGGUGGAGGUGACUGACAUUAGUGAUGAGGACCCAGAUGACAGAGAUGAGGAGUUUGAGCUUUUCUCCCAUCGCCACUCCAGGGCCCCUGGCCACCACCACCACUUUGCUAACGGCACAGCCGCGCCGCAGCAUCAACCCCAUCCUGAUGAGGACCUUGACGAGGAUGUCUUCAAAGCCCCUGCUCCACCUCCACCUGGCCUGAUGCCCUUCUUCACCUCGCAGCACACACACUCCAGCGUGCAUCGCGGGCUGCUCACUCUCAAGAGUGAACCCACCGAACCGGGGGACAGUAACACACCCCCACCUCAGACGGGCUCGGUGGGAGCUUCCCAGACGAAGUGCAUCCCCCUCAAGCUGCGCUUCAAGAGGCGCUGGAGCGAAGACCAGCGUAUGGAGGCCUCACAAGAGGAGUCAGACGACAAAAAGGUGCGACCAGAGGAGGAGAGGGAAAGAGAGAGGCAAAGUAAUGGACGGAUGGAGAUUGAGGAGGAUAGGACGGGAAGUGGAGAAGGAGACAGUCCUCCGCCAUUGGCGUACGAGGGCUCUUUAGCCACACCGUUGGCCACACAGCGGAGGGUGAGCGCUGAGCUGCACCGUGCCACUGCACAGCUGUCUCUGGAGAACAAAGACUGCUGAUGAGAGACACAGCCCAAACACUACUGUUCCAGUAGCACUAGAGGUGGUACAGGAGUAUGUAAAUGGUUCCUCUGUAAUCCCUCUCCCACACUGACAAACUAGAUUCCUGAAACCUCCAGUGAGCUGAGAGCACAGUCCAACAUACACACAUAUAAAACAAACACCUCAGAGACAACCUGACUCUUGUUCUGCCCCCUAUCAAUCCUUUGUCUGGAUCAGGACUCUUCUGGGACACAUCCUUUGGGAGGUGGGAGUCACUCAGACUCAGCCAUCUCAGGCACCCCGACUGUAACGAGGCUGAAAUCGGAGGGAGACUCCCUCAUGAAACUUCAAGUUGACCUCCCGUCUGGCCAGUGAAGCUCCAAAUGCCCUGUCCCAGUAGCACAGCUCCUGCCUUCAGGCCCCAUCAGCCAGUCAGCACUUUCCUCAGGGGACACGCACUCCCUUACAGCCCAGCAACACACCUAGGAUGACGAAGUUCAUACUCUCCUCUGUGCUACUUUUCCUAUAAGCUGACGGGACUUUGAUAAGUGCCUGUAUCUAAAACCCACAGCCCUGGAGUGACAUGGAAGACAACAAAGAAGGGAGAGGACUGCUAUGAGUAACCAUUCUUUCACUCAUGAAACCCUUGUUAAGAUUGGCACAAGCUGAAAAAUCAUUGGGGGGGGAGUGUGUCUCUAAGACUGAAGAGUGGGGCUGUUUGGUGUUGUCUGACUGACUCUUAAGCCUGGCCCACUCCACUCAGGGAAGCCUAUUGCUGUAUGUUUAUUGGAAUCAUGCACACAAACACACAAGCAAAAACAAACAAACAAACAAACAAAAAAAACAGCCAACAGUGAAGAGGACUCACAGUGGAAGCGUCGUUUAUGGAUGCUUAACCAUUUUCACUGCGACGCAAAAUCAUCCACACAUUCACAUUAACACAUACAUAGACUUUGACUCUGGCACACUGUUUCUCUCAGAGCUUUUGACUUUUGUAUAACCUUUCUGUCUCUCUCCUGUCUUGCCACCUCUUUCUCUUGCGGACCACCUGUGGAAAGAUCAUGAUUCCACUUAAAGAAAUAAUUUUAACCCCUGGGAGAUGUGAGGAGAGCAAAAGAGAAGAAUGAAGAAGUACUUCAGCGUAGAAAAAGGACUGCUGAGGGGACCACGAGGGGGAGGGAAGGGUUUGAGGGGUUCCAGUAAUUGUUAACUAGACUCACCCUAACAUGGCUUGUAUCCUGAAAAUAUUCUCAUUCAAGUCCCAGCAGCACAGAAUCCUAGUUCACCAGCUCAAGCUCCUCUAACAAUCGUAGAUAGUGUUUAAACUAAACCAGCAAAGACACACACACAGGACUGCCUUCAGCUAUUAAACAUUAACCUCUCUCUCCACCUCUGUAGUGGCGUCAUCCUCCGGUUCCUGAGUGUGUGUUAGACUGCCAGGCCUGUUACCUACAAGUGAGAGCCUGAGAGAGCAGGAGACAUCUUAGACCUCAUAUACACACACACACACACACACACACACACACACACACACGCUGCCUCUCUAUGCCUUGUUUUUAUAGCAUGUAAAAAAAAGUGCAAACUGAGCUCUAAUAACACACAUACAGACUAUAUCUUUAUAUAUUCUAAAUGAAAUUAUUAAAAAAGUGAGAUUUUAAAAGAACCAUAGCAUUUUAAUGAUAUGAUUUAUUCAGGAUUUUUUUGUAAGUGGAUUAUUUUGAGUGGUGAGACGUGUUAUGCACUGGGUAAUAUGGUGUGAUUGGUGGGUGGACAGAAAGAAGAGGAGUAGGUGUCCAGGGUUUUCUUGUACAUUUGCUUCAUAGACAAACGAGCCAGAGAAAAACAGCACAGGCCAGUCUACCAGAACAAGACCAGCAAGAAGAAGAAGAAGAAGAAGAAGAAGAAAAAAAAAACAGGGACUCGAACAGACUGACAAUGCUUCACUUUGUGUGGUUCAUUUGCAGUAGCUUGCCCUUUUAGCACGCAGUACUCUGCUCUUUCCUGUCUGUACAGUCUUGCCUGUUCUAGCCCCAGGCCACCUCUUCAGGCCCCCCCUCCUUGUGUGAGUGUGUGUGCGCGCGCUCAGAUUUAGCUCAUGGGUUAUUAGCGAAGUAGUAAUCCUGUCUUUUCUCGUAGGCCAGUUAGCAUAAUGCUCCAAAGUUCACAGCAGCUCUGAAUUGGGGCAUGGGGGGGGGCGGUAAUCAUUACUGCAGGACAGCCUGGAAAAAGUUGGACAUGUGAGGCCCUGUCCUGAAAGGCCCUCUCCUCAAACUAUGCACAUUCAGACAUACACAAAUGAUUUGUCAUUAUGUUUUCGAAUCCCGGAGCUUUUUUGUCUCUGCGUCCAGGUCAUCCAGGCGCCUGAUGGGUUAACUGAGCCGCGUUGACCCGCGGGCUGUCCCCAGCCUGGCCAGUGACAAGACGGAUCUAUAGCAGCGAACUGUGAGAUAGAUGACCUCCAGGCGGUCUGUGUAGCUGAGCUGAUUGAAUUUCCUCAUCAGACCCCUGUGGUCUGGAAUGGAGCAUGUCACAACAUGCGCACACACACUCUCGCACACUUACCCACACCAAGUCCUGUGUCUGUAUUGGAACUGACAGCUGCCUUAUUACUACUUUUCAUAUCUCUGCACCAGGUGAGGCCAUCAGUCUUACCUGCUCUGCAUUCUUUCUCUCUCCUUUCUGUUUCAUUUUUCCUCGCUCUGUUUCAGCCGUUGUCUGACUUCCCGCUAACUGCAGCGUGAUCUGACUCGGUCAUGAUAUUGCAGGGUAAAAAGAUUGAUUUGGACUCUGAUUGUAACACAGGCUCUCUCUCAUCCUGUUUCAUGCCUCUACAGUCAAAGAACGGUAGAUAAACAGCACAAAGAUUACAUUUCUCUAUCAAAAGAAUAAAGGUUUCUCAGUUUAUUUUUCUGAUGUCAAUAUUGCUAUUGAUUAUUGUUGUUGUUAUUGUUCUUAUUGGGUUAUUUACCUCUCCACCUGGCAUUAUUAUUAUUCCAUGGCUCUGUUAGCUGUUGCUUUUUAUGUUGUGUACAUCACUUUGGAUGAUGUGAAAGCCCCCCCCCCCAAACUCCAUUCCCUGUUUGAAACCUUUAAGCCCCCGAAACCAGAGACCUUGUUCUUGUCUUUAGUUUUUACAAAUGUAAUAUAACUAAAAUGUGUAAUAAUAAUUUUGAUGCUGACAGAGAAAUAACAUCGGGGACUGAGAGAGAAGGGCAGCGGCAGAGGAUUUUAUUUAAGAAGGGGGAGUGAUCUUAUCUUUUUUUGUCAUGUAUUGUAAUUUUUAUUUUAUAAUGUUACUUUUGUCUCUCUCUCGCUCUUGUAUUUUUUUUUUCUUGU